GGCCAGUCUCUAUGGGGCCGCUCGUGGCCGCACGUCACCGCGUUGCCGGCACGUCACGCCGGCUUGACGCUCCCAGUACAAAGUAAGAUUAUUGUUUCUUCUCUGGAGAGUGAACAUCUAAAGAAUUGAUUUCAAGGAUCUGGUAACAUGGCAAAAGAUGCCGGCCUAAUUGAAGCAAAUGGAGAGCUAAAGGUUUUUAUAGACCAAAACCUCAGUCCUGGAAAAGGAGUUGUUUCAUUAGUAGCCGUUCAUCCUUCUACAGUUAGCGCUGUUGGGAAGCAGCUCUUGCCCAAAACUUUUGGACAGUCCAAUGUUAACAUCACCCAGCAAGUGGUAAUUGGCACACCUCAGAGAUCUGCCGCGCCAAAUACAAUCCUUGUAGGAAGUCCACAUACGCCUAACACACAUUUUGUAUCACAGAACCAGGCUUCAGACUCCUCACCUUGGUCGGCGGGGAAGCGCAAUAGAAAAGGAGAAAAGAAUGGCAAGGGAUUAAGACAUUUUUCAAUGAAGGUUUGUGAGAAGGUACAGAGGAAAGGAACCACUUCAUAUAAUGAAGUGGCAGAUGAAUUGGUCGCAGAAUUCAGUGCUGCUGAUAACCACAUUUUACCAAAUGAAUCACAGGCUUAUGACCAGAAGAAUAUAAGACGAAGAGUCUAUGAUGCCUUAAAUGUCUUAAUGGCCAUGAAUAUUAUCUCAAAGGAGAAGAAGGAAAUAAAAUGGAUUGGUCUACCAACCAACUCAGCUCAAGAAUGUCAGAAUUUAGAGGUAGAGAGGCAGAGAAGACUUGAAAGAAUAAAACAAAAGCAGUCUCAACUUCAAGAACUUAUUCUACAGCAAAUUGCCUUCAAGAAUUUGGUGCAGAGAAAUCGUCAAACAGAACAGCAAGCCAGCCGCCCACCACCUUCCAACUCUGUCAUCCACCUCCCCUUUAUCAUUGUGAACACCAGCAAGAAGACAGUGAUCGACUGCAGUAUUUCUAACGACAAAUUUGAGUAUCUAUUUAAUUUCGACAACACAUUUGAAAUCCACGAUGACAUAGAAGUAUUAAAGCGAAUGGGGAUGGCUUGUGGGCUAGAAUCUGGAAGCUGUUCUGCAGAAGACCUAAAAAUGGCAAGAAGUUUGGUACCUAAAGCUCUGGAACCAUAUGUGACAGAAAUGGCUCAGGGAUCAAUCAGCAGUGUAUAUGUCACAUCAUCAUCAGGUUCGACUUCAAGUGGCACAAGGUUUUCUGCCAGUGAUUUUACCAAUGGUACAGAUGGAAUGUUGGCAACAAGUUCCAAUGGCUCUCAGUAUAGUGGCUCCCGAGUUGAAACUCCAGUAUCUUAUGUUGGGGAAGACGACGACGAUGACGAUGACUUUAAUGAAAAUGACGAUGAAGACUGAUUUCUUGGCGUGUAGACGUUUCCCUCCCUUCAAAUUCAGCUUCAGGAAUAAAUUGUUCUAGGGAAGAGAACUUUUUUUAAAAAUGUGGAUUUUUAUUUUUAUUUUUGAUCCUACCCCUAAGGAAAUAUGGGUAAGCUGUUGAAUUUAGAGAGUGCGGCUCUGAUAAGCAAGCAAGGAUUGUUUUUCGUAGGAUUUUUAAAAUGUGGUGUGAAUGUGUGUUUUGAUACCAGUGUGCUAAUGCAGAUCCUUUAUUUACUCGGUAGGAUUUUGUGUUUUGUUUUCUAAUAUUUUUUACUUGAAGGAAUGUCCAUUUUGCCCCAUAACAAUUCUUGCUGAAUUUGUUGAAGAAAUUGUACUUCAUCCACAUCAAUGAAAAUAAAAGGCUAUCCUUUUGUGGAAAA